UUGACAUCUUAGGCCCCAUCCAAGAUCUCACACCCUAGCAAACGUGUCCACUGCUUUUAAUUGCCUGCCUCUUAUUGCCCCCUCGGGGGAAAAUCUUGUCUACAAUCCCAAAUCCAAACAAGCCGUAAAUGUUCCUUUUACACCUAAGCCGUGGAUGAGAUGUUCUUUCAUGUUUCUUAAUUCCAAUUCCAACCCUCAAAAACACAACCGAAUAAGAUUUUGGAUUAUGUUCCCAUGGAUGGCAGUAGUAGUAAUCUGUACAGUAAUAAGGGAAGUAGAGGCCUGCAACGAAAAUUAUUGGCAAGUGACAAAAGCGAAAUUAGUAAUGAUGAUGAUAAGAAAAAGCUGAUGCAUAGGGAUAUUGAGAGGCAAAGGAGGCAAGAAAUGGCUACCCUUUAUGCUUCUCUUCGAACUCUUCUCCCUCUCGAGUACAUCAAGGGAAAGCGUGCAAUAUCAGAUCAUAUGCACGGGGCAGUGAGCUAUAUAAAAGACCUGCAAAAUAGGAUCGAUGAACUGAAUGCCAAGAGAGAUGAGUUAAAGAAGCUAUCAAGUUCAAGUGGCUUUGACCAAGGAACGAGCUCUAACGACUCUUGCCCAAGCAGUGCUGUAGUUCGCCAAUCAUUUGAUGGUGUUGAAGUUUUGAUCAGAACUGGUCUUGGAGCUCAAGCUUUGACCCUAUCAAGGGUGCUAGAACUACUGCUUGAAGAAGGACUUGAUGUUGUUAGCUGUAUUUCUACCAGAAUUGAUGGAGGACUGAUUCACACCAUCCAAUCUGAGGUCAGUGAUCUGACAUGCGUCGAUGUACCUGGGCUGGAAAGGAAACUAAAUGAAGAAAUUUCAUCCUUGAAUCGAAUUUCCAGCUACUAAACCAUAAGUUCUUGUUGGAGAUUUUUCCCAUCACAGCUCCCACAUUUUGAUUAUGAUUUGAGUAAGGUUGGUCUUCUUCUUCUACUUAGUAUGACCCAUAUAAUAUAUCUGAUAUAUUCCAUAUCAUUUGCGACUCUGCGAGGUUUUCUGAUUUCAGAAAAACUUGGUAGAGAAUAUGUAUUAAGGUAGUAGAUCGUCUCUGAAAAUCUCCCUAAGCGAGAAUGGUCUAGGUCUACAUUUGUUAUUUUUGCUGUUAUCACAUGUAUCAGAGGAGUAGAGUUUAAUGAGAUUUUGUUAUUAUCAUAUUAUCCCUUAAUUUUUCAGAAAAAUGAAGUGAUAAAACUAGGCAGAUAUUUUCUUACAUGUCAAUGAGAACUAGAUCAACUUCAUUGUUAAACCGAUAUUCUUAAUUUUAUGCUUGAUUGGAUUCAGCUCCACCAUAUGUUACUAAUAUCAGAAUCUCAGGAUGGCUUUAGUUGUGUGGUUUGUAGGAUAAUUUCAGCCAUUAGAGAGGCUUCCUUGCUAUAAAAUCAUCUAAGACCUAUAUUUUUCCAAUAUGUGGCUGACAAGACACUGAUAGAAUUACUGAUGCAACUCAUGACAUACAUCUACAAUCAAGCAGAGUAGUCCUUGGCUCCUUGCAAUAGAAAAUGGUUGAAGAUUUGCUAUUUUAUUAUGUGUGAUAUAUACAGAAAUUAAAUUUGCUAUUGGAGUUUUAUUUUCCUUGGCAUCCGCUGGAAUUAGGAUUUGAUUUAGCAGGGAUUAGUGUUUGCUUCCCUCUAGUAUCAAUAUUAACCAGCUUCUCUAUAUAUUCCAAGGAAAUAAUGAAGUGAAUUAUUGACACAAGUUUUAUGUUGUUAGUCCUGACAUUCAUAAUCAGUUCUCCAAAUUCCAUAGAACUAAAUUUUGCUUGAGCUCUUUCACCCAAGUUGAUAAGUUAUACAAUUAGCAUUAGGUAUUAUAAGUUCAAUUGCAAUCUUAUUUACAUCGUAUUUCAUGUUACCUUUUAUCGAGCUGCAAAGGAAUUUCCUGUAAUCUUUAAAAAGUUUCAGUAAUUAUCACCCAUUUUAUACAAGUAAUUGUAGAUUAUGAGAAAGUUUACCUAAUUCAGCAGCUGCUACCUCAAUAUUGCUAUAUAUACAUGGCAAGUUGCUCAAGGUCAACAAAAGGAAAUCUCAACCAAAACAUGAAAAUAAAAUUUGAAUAGAACAACUUAUAUGAGCUGUUCAAAUGAA